UACGUUCAAGCUCUUGAAGACCGCAUCACCGUCAUCUUCAGCACCGUUUUUAAGGACGCUGAUGACGUCGUUAUUGGCAAAAUCUUUAUGCAGGAGUUUACCGAAGUUCGAAGGCGUUAUGAUAGGGCGCCGCAAGUUCUCUAUUCGCAUCGAGAACCUCCUGCCGAAUUGCGUGAUACAGAUGCAGUCGGUGGUGAUAACAGAGCCUAUAUUACCUUUGUUCUUUUCCCCCGCCAUCUUGCCCCCCACGCCGCCGACAGGAGCAUCAAUCUGAUCCACACCGUCCGCAAUUACCUUCACUAUCACAUUAAAUGCGCCAAAGGUUAUUUGCAGUUGCGAAUGCGUGCAAAAACCUCGGAGUUUAUAAAAAUCCUCAAUCGUGCCCUCCCUCAACAACAGCAACUCACCGAUGGUGAGGAGAGUGCUGAACCUGCUGUCUUUGUUCACGCGUUGGGUGUAGAGUCCUCUGCAAGUCGGAUCCGAAGGCAAGUGGCAAACAGGCGAGGAUUGGCAAGUGGAAAUGGAUUCAGCUCAGAGAAUAUGCUGAUGCCUUCAACACUGAGUCAGAGUGAUUUUGCAAGCUUACAGAAGUUUGAGGAUAGUGAAGAUGAGAGGGAAGACGAGGAGGAAGAUGGAAUGUUGACUGCUCCUGUGGUGAGUGUCAAUGCAUAG